AGCGAUGGAAACCAAGUCAUCGAAAUCCAGCGUCCUCCUAUAUGUUCUUGUUCUUGCGCUGGUCCUGUCUCCAAUACUCCCAUGUCAAGCAGCUAGUGUGCAUCUAGGAGGUGGAAGCCCUGGAGGGCGUAAGCUGAUGGCACCGUCACCACCAGUUCGCAUGUGUCCACAGUGUGUGUGUUGUGCACCGGCGCCCCCUGGAUAUUGCUGCCCAUGUCGCUGUCCUGGUGGUCCCUAAAGAUUGUGAACUUUGCUAUCAAAGAUAAUACUGUGAAGUGUU